AUGCCUCUCGUUGUCUACAAAAGAUCAAACCGAACCCACGCCGUUCUCCCCGUCACCCUAAGAACAACCAACUCCCUCAUCAUAACCCUCGUCCACCUCCAAUUCCUCUACUUGAUCUCCUACAUUGCCCGGCCUCUCUGCUCCUCCGCACAAGAGUUCCCACCAUUCAAAUACAAUAUCGAGCGAACAGAGAAACGAAUAAUCGACCUCAUCAUCAGUAUAAUCCCCUUCUCAAACUACCGUUCACCAAACCCAUCAACAAUCCUCCACCCCGAACUACUAAACCGCCGUUCCCAACCAGGCGCAUACGCAUCCGCCUCCAGACUCACAAUCGAUGGCGUCCCAAACAUGCCCCAACCACCUUCAACAGCCUUCAAAACUCCUCCAACUAUGCCACAAUGCUAUCCCGAAACAGCACUUGAGCGCAUGCCCUCGCACCAGUCCGACUCCAAGCUUGGUGUCGCAAUCAACAAACCCAGCGCAGUAGUGGACCGGUACACAAAAGCAAAUGCCCCCAUGUAUGAUACGGCAGUCAAGCGAAUGCCACCUUCUAACCACCCACGCUUGCCCGUAUUGGGGACGACAGAGAAAGAAAAAGGCCAUACGAGUCCCGUUCAAGCACGCUCGACGCCUGCGCUCCAUCUCGCCCGGCAUUCGACUCACUCGGUUCAUGAACACAAACUCGGCGCUAGCGUUGAAGAGCGCAGUGAGGAUGACAAUGAGUAUCUCUUGCCUCUGCAUCAGGUGCAUGAUAUCACCGAGAUGAUGAAUCGGACUGCGCCUUCGGCUUCGAAGACACAUAUCAUUAGAUUGGGCAUAUGCGCGGGACAGGAGUCGCCUGUUGCGUCGCUAAGGUCGUUGGCUUCGGUUGAUGAGCCGGUUGAUCUUACCUUGGCUUUGCAUUCUUUGGGGUCCUCGGCGGGUAGUGAGGGUGAGGGAGUUCGGAUGGAUCGUGAGACAAAGUGCCAUUCUACUGAGAGUUAUCCUGGGAAGUUUCCAAUCAGUGAUGGGAUUGAGGCUAGUGGGCUUGCGACGGCGGAGUAUGCGUUUCGGGAGAAGGGGACUACGACGGUUAGGCCUUUUUCUGAUUAUUAA